CACCAAAGUGAGCAAAUAACUUCCCUGUUUUCGUUUCCUUGAUUUUUCCAAAUGUCUUCCUUCAAAUUCAUGUGACAUCAAUAUCCCACAAACCCAAAACCUUAAAAAAAUUAUUUCUUAUAGGAAAGAUAGAGCUUUUUGAGAGAUUAUGAAUGUGGAGGCAAGAGUCGGGGUGGUGGUUGAAGGAGGGCAAAGGGCUUUGAAUUCAGCCCACGGAACUGUCGUAGAUGCUGGGGCUAGAAUUUUACAGCAGCAGCAACAGCAACAGCAACAGCAACAUGGGCAUUCUUCGAAGCAGGACUUGAAUCCGCAGCUUGGGACCAUUCAACAGCUUCUCGCCGGUGGUAUUGCCGGUGCUUUUAGCAAGACUUGUACGGCUCCUCUUGCCCGUCUAACCAUCUUGUUUCAGGUCCAAGGAAUGCACUCAGAUGUAUCGGCAUUGAGCAAUGCUUCUAUAUGGCGUGAGGCUUCACGCAUUAUUAAUGAAGAAGGGUUCAAAGCAUUCUGGAAAGGCAAUCUGGUUACCAUUGCUCAUCGACUUCCCUACACUGCAGUCAACUUCUAUGCCUAUGAACGCUACAAGAGUUUAUUGCAAUCUAUUCUCUGCCUGGAAAGUCAAAGGGGACGUGCCUAUGCUGAUAUUGGUGUGCACUUUGUAGGCGGUGGGUUGGCUGGAAUGACUGCUGCCUCUGCUACAUAUCCAUUGGAUCUCGUAAGGACUCGUCUCGCAGCGCAGAGAAACACAAUAUACUACAGGGGCAUUUGGCAUGCCUUCCAUACCAUUUGCAGGGAAGAGGGAUUCUUCGGCUUGUAUAAAGGACUUGGAGCAACAUUAUUGGGUGUUGGACCGAGUAUAGCAAUAAGCUUUUCAGUAUAUGAGUCUUUGAGAUCUCAUUGGCAAUUACGAAGGCCCGAUGAUUCAACUAUUAUGGUUAGUCUUGCUUGUGGCAGCCUCUCAGGCAUUGCAUCAUCAACAGCGACAUUUCCUAUUGAUCUUGUGCGGAGACGUAUGCAACUGGAAGGGGCUGCAGGUCGAGCUCGUGUUUAUAACACUGGAUUGAUUGGAACUUUCAGGCAUAUAAUCCAUUCUGAAGGUCUUGGUGGCUUGUACAGAGGGAUUCUACCCGAGUACUACAAAGUGGUUCCUGGUGUUGGCAUCGUCUUCAUGACCUACGAGACACUUAAGAUGAUUCUAUCAAGCUUCCCGACCAGAUGACAAGGAACCCCGGAAAGGCACGGUAAAAAAGUGGAAGCAGUCAGUUAAGCAUAAAAGAUAGGUAAGCAUAUCUCUUUCAAUGUAUUAGAUGAAAAACCUGGGUGGUAGCAUUUUUGUUUAAUGUAUAUGUAACCGGCACUGCACUGCAAUCAACUAUCUAGUAUCAGUAUACUUGGGCUACGCUUAAGGUUUAGUUAAUUAACAAGUAUUGAUGAUCAUGCCAUCAUCACAGUUUUGUGUUCAAUUCCUUUGUAUUGGAAGGAUAUUAAACUACAAACGAUAGAAUUUAAAG